AUGAACUUCGGCAUCGUUGGCGCAGGCAUCGCAGGCCUAGGCGCCGCCAUUGCGCUUCGUCGCGCAGGCCACCAUGUCGAGGUCUACGAAAAGUCGACGUUCAAACGUGAGAUCGGCGCUGCCAUCCUCCUCACGCCAAACGCGAAUCGGAUCCUCCGCCGCUGGGGCUUUGACUUUGACAAAGCCAGGCCUGUCGACUUUAAGCAAUAUCGACUGCUGAAUGCUACGAGCUUGGAAAUCCUGGACCGAGACGGGUUCGAGGACGUGGAAGAGCGAUUUGGGGCGAGGAUGUGCGCGUAUCAUCGUGUAGACCUGCACUCCGGCCUACGAGAGCUGGCAGAGAAGGCAGGCGCGACUAUCAAUCUCGGCGCCGAAGUCGUGGAUGUCAAGCCUGAAGACGGCGUCGUGACGCUCGCAACCGUGCAAACCGUGCAAAAAGACCUCUGGGUUCUAGCCGACGGGUCCCGCUGCCCGUUUCUCGAGACCAUCUCCGGGGAAGACAACCCCACAAAGAAGAUCGGGAAAUCCGUGUACCGCUGGCUCGCGCCCAUGGACAAGGUGCUCGAGCACCCCGAUGCGAAAAAGCUAUGGAAUGGGCAGGGCGCAGGCUUCUGCACGUUUUCUGAGCCCAAGGCUGGCAUUACGAUGGUUACAUAUCCCUGCCGCGGCGGCACCCUGCUCAACUGUGCUGUUUUUCACGACACACGCGUGGAGGAAAUCAAUGCCAUGGACUGGAACGCGGAUAGCUCGCAUGAGCGCGUGCUCCAGAUGCUGGAAAACUGCCAUGAGGUGGUGAAGCACAUCCCUCACACGGCGGAGCAGAUGAAGGUGUACACCGUGACGCAGCGCCCACCUUCGAAGCGGAUUUGGAGGGGUCGAAUGCUGUGUGUCGGGGACGUCGUGCACCACAUGCUGCCCACGCAUGCGCAGGGCGGGUGUUCCGCGCUGGAAGACGCUGCUGCGUUGGAAAUCCUGUUCGACGCGAGCACCAUCUCACCCAAUGCCGGGGAUCUCGCAAAGAGAUUGGAGUUGUACACGCAGUUGCGGCUGCCGAGGAGCGCGACGACGCAGAUUCUGAGCAGCACCAACCCGUGGCUUACGAUGGAGCAGGUGGCGAAGAAGACGGAGGAGAUCAGACAGUUUUAUGAGGGAAAUUUGGUGGAUUGGCCAAAGGGGCUGGAGCCGUGGAGUGCACCCAUUAGAGAAUUUUUCUAUGGAUACGAUGCCGUUGGAGAGGCGGAGGAGGCAAUGAAGUAUAGGGAUGGUGGGAGGUUACCGGAGGGCUGGAAGUGGUUUGGGGAGGUGGAUAAGGCUAUGGAGGUUUGA